AUGAGGUCCAUUCUGUGUUUAUGUGUGGUAGUCCUACACGUCCAGAUGGGACUCUCCCAGUUUGUAGGUUCUCAACAGCCAUCGGCUAAUUCAGGUUUUUCUAUGGGGACGAAUCCCGCAGGCCCACAAGCUGGCAUGUCAUCUUUUCCACCCAAUUCGCCAGCAUCACAACCUGGAUUUUCCACGCCCACCCAGCGAAACGAUCUUUCACAGACUGAUGGUUCUUCUGUUGGCGGUUCAACCAACUCAUUUUCUUCAACUGGAACGUCUUCGCCCACUCAGUCAAACAGCCCAGGGACCCAAAGCGGGGUCUCCUCUCCCACUCAGCCAGGUUUAUCUCAGACUAGGUUUUCAUCAACAGGUCAGUCAAACGAUCCUUUCUCUCAGACUGGCGUUACCUCCCCAGUCCAGACAAACCCACCAAAUUCCCAAGGUAGUAACCUUUCUGGCAGUUCCCCGACUGACUUUGCGACUCAAAAUAGUGGCCCUUCAAACACUUUCAACUCUCAGUCUGGCGUAUCCUCUCCUGCGGUGUCUAACGACCCAUUCUCCCAGAAUAACGGAUUUUCAUCUUCAGCAUCUAAUUCCUUUCCACCUGCCCAGGCAAAUCCUCCUAUCCCCCAGACCGGUCCCAAUGUGCCAAACCAGUCUACACAAAAUGGUGACGUAUUAUCCAGCCAAGCAGGUGUACCCAGCACGCAAAGCAACGGCUUUCCUUCUAGCAACACAGAUUCCUCCGGCCCAGCUAGCACGUUCCCAUCCUCCGUGUCAAACAGCAGUACCAGCCAACCAGAUUCCCAGUCUAACCGAGCCUCUGCUGAACCCUCUUCCAUGAUGUUAGUUCUGGCAACCAUGCUGGCUGGUCAGUACAGCAACACGGAGCAGCAUCAAGAGGACAAUGCCAAGAACAUCACUGGACCCAACAAACACGCCCUCAUUGAGGUCACCUAUAUACCAGUGGUGGUACCGGCACUAGGCAAGGCUGUGGUGUUCUACUUCGAGCAACGAAUCAACAAUAGUGCCCAACCAGCACGGCAGGCCAUCUAUGCCUUCACACAGGAGUCUGCCUGCUUCAUUCGUAUGUCUACUUACGAUAUAACCAAUGCCAGCAGGUUUAGUGUCACCCCAGAAGGCCUGCGGGCGCUAGAGACGCUGACGCUGGCGGAACUGUCAAACAGAGAAGAAUGUGAUGCUGUCUUUGAGCAAGUUGGGGAGGAGUUUUUCUCCUCACACUUGUCCACCGACCGAUGUACCUUCGAAGUGUCCCCUCGUGUCAUGGUACGCCCCAGUGGAUCCAGAAAUAUAACAUGCUCUGGUAUGACCUUCACCGAGGUCUGGAGACGAGUGGCCGGGAACGAGGUUGUGGGUGGAUCCCCUGUCCCAUACAUCUUCAAGAAAACCGGAAAUGCCUUCCCGGUGCCUGUGAGUGUCUUCAGUUCAAACACUUGCUUCAAGGUCCCCUGCAUGAACAGCGGCGUCGCCAGUCCAGCAGGGCCGACCUGGAGCGACAUCAAGCCACACAUGAACUACGCUGGCAGCAGCAGUACAGGGCAGACCACAGGUGCUGUCGGUACAGGCCAGACCAAAAGUGCUGUUGGUACAGGCCAGACCACAAGUGCUGUCGGUACAGGCCAGACCCCAAGUGCACUGUGA